CUCUCCUCUCUCCUGGCUCUUCCUCUUCAGUCCUAACAGGAUAAUUGACAGAGAGCGCGUUGAGGCCCGGUGGGGGAAGUUUCCAGGCGCUGCAAGAACCGACUGAGAGCCGGAGAUGCCCGGAGGACAACUUGGACUUUUCUGAUCCAAACACUUUUCUCUCCGUCAAGAAACUCGCGUUUUACUGAUAUGUCUCUGCAGGCAGUGUGCGCUGGAUGCCACCGGCCCAUCAGGGACAGAUUCCUGCUCAGAGUCACUGGCUGCCUCUGGCAUGAGGAGUGCGUGAGGUGCGCAGCGUGCGGAGACGCCCUGAGGAACUCCUGCUUUCUGCGGGAGCGCAAAUUUUACUGCAAGCGGGAUUACGCAGACUUAUUUGCAGUGCACUGUGGGGGCUGCGAGGGAACCGUCUCCCCUGCAGAGCUGGUGAUGCGUGCGGGGGCCACCGUCUUCCACCUGCGCUGCUUCACCUGCAGCGUUUGUUCCUGCCGCCUGCAGCCUGGCGACAGUUGCGUGCUCAGGGACGGACGUCUUCUUUGUGCAAGAGAGGACUACCACCAGUGUGUGUCCAGUCCACUGUCUUCAGACACAGGUAAAAGUGAUGAUGACGAAGAGGAGGAAUCUGAAAGGACUGCAGGCAGGCGAGGCAGAGCAGACAAUCCAGACAGCAAACGUCCCAAAAGGCCUCGCACCAUUCUGACCACUCAGCAGAGACGCACCUUCAAGGCGUCCUACGAAGUUUCAUCGAAGCCCUGUCGAAAGGUGAGGGAGACCUUGGCAGCAGAGACGGGCCUGAGCGUUCGUGUUGUGCAGGUCUGGUUCCAGAACCAGAGAGCCAAAAUGAAGAAACUGGCCAGGAGGCAGCAGCAGCAGGAGCAGCAGCAGACUCAGGARCAGUGUGAACUUCCAUCACAUGACACAGGUGUCUUGUGUUCAACAGCGCCCUCGUGUGGUAGUUUGACCUCCGACAUGAAGCACCUGGGGUCCUCUUACGUCCACGUUCAGCAGCAGCAGCAGCAGAUGGGACUUGCCUCACUGGAGCAGCAGGAUUGGGACCUGGACCCCUUCAGACAAGGCCUGACCCCUCCUCAGAUGCCGGGGGAUCACAUGCACCCAUACGGUUUUAAGGGCGACACUGACAGAGAGCCUCUGUGUCAUGUGGUGGACAGCACCUGCCUCUCUCUGGGCGACACCUCUCCACUCACGCCCAUCGACUGCCUCUACUCCAUGCAGGACUCGUACUUUACCUCCUGAGGGUGGAGAUCUGGGAUCAUGGAGACGUGGGGGUCGGGCUCAACCUGCAAUACAUCCUGGAAACAUCCAGUAUCUCUUGGGUAGAAAAAAAUAUAUAAAUGUAAAAUAUUCACAACGGUCGUGGGUCUCUGACACAUCAUUUUCACCGCUUUAAAGGGAUGGUUUCGAUUUUUUUGGAAGUGGGAUUCUGUGGAAYUUUUAUGAGCAGUUAUUAUCUUACCUGUUGUGGAAAACSAUUUGAAUGAACUCCGCUUGGAGAAAUAGAUGAGCUAACAGCUUGUCCAAGUACYAUCAAGACCAAAGUGGACCUUUUGAGCCCCACGCCCUCGGUACUGGGAGCAAAACUGUGCUUCCAGUUUUCUAUUUUUGUUGACUUCUGUUAACUUUAGGUCUGUCAUUUAAUCAUAAACAUGUUUGGUGUUCACAGAAAUGUCAGAAUCUUGGCUAAAACCUCUGAAAACUAUUUCUGCAUCCACUGUAUUAAAAUCUCAAGAAGUUGAAUCCAAAAGUAAACAAACUACGUAAAUCUGCAAGUAUGUUUUUAUCAUUUUUUUACUUUAUUUAUUUUUCAAAAUUCAAGUCAAAGCAAAUACCAGAAUGUUUUAAAGUGUUUUGAAUUUUUUUUACUUUAUUUUGUGUAAAUUUGCUUCAGUUGGAGUCAAAUCCAAUCAUUUCUUAUUGUUUGAAAUUUAAAUGUCUGAGUAAUUAAAAAUAAACAACUUUUAAAAGCAAUGCUUUUAUGGCAUGAAAGAAUAGAUAAGUGUUUUUUUUAACAAAAAACUAAGAUUUCUUAACAUUUAUUGAUGAUACCAACAUGAUCCUUGUGCAGAUUGACAAUACGUUGAGUUAUUUCUUUACUAAAACCUCUGUAACUUUGUUAUAGUUUAUUUUAGCAGAAUUAAUCUUUGCACAG